GAAGAUGAAUUAGAAGCAAUAAGUGUUAUGGCGUUGAGUUCUACUCUACAAUUGACACUGCUACUGGGUCUCUGCAGUCUUGGGUCAGCACUUCGGCAGAUAUACCUGGCAGGAACCUUUCCAAUCCAGGGAUCUGAUGGGUGGCAGGGUGGCCAGGCUUGUCUGCCCGCAGCGCAGCUAGCUCUGGAGGAUGUGAACAAGCAUCCUGAUUUACUACGAGGAUACCAUCUUAAUCUAGCAGCUAAAGAUGAUAUGUGUGAUAGUGGCCUGGGGGCAUACGCACUCUAUGAACUUAUUUACAAAGCGCCACAGAAGUUAAUGAUUUUAUCUGGUUGUUCAACCGUUUGCACGACUCUAGCUGAAGCUGCUUCACAAUGGAACCUAAUCACUGUUUGUUAUGGAGCUUCCAGUCCAGCCCUCUCCAAUAGGAACAGGUUUCCCACCCUGUUCCGAACCCACCCUUCUGCUACAGUACAUAAUCCGACCAGGGUUACCAUGUUUAAGAAAUACAAGUGGCAAAGAAUUUCUGUUAUACAGGAGGCGGAGGAAGUAUUCGCCACAACCCUGGACAAUCUAGAACAGCAAGCCAAGGCGGAGAAUAUUGAAAUAUUUAACCGGCAAAUAUUCAAGGACGAUCCUAGCGCAGCAAUUCAAAAUCUUAAACGUCAGGAUGCUCGAAUAAUAGUUGGAUUAUUCUACCAGAAGCCGGCAAGGAAGGUUCUCUGUGAAAUCUACAAAAAGAAUAUGUUCGGUCCUAAAUAUGUUUGGUUUUUCAUUGGUUGGUAUGAAGACGACUGGUUCAAAAGAAAAUCCUACCUGGAUGAGGAAAAUAUAGAGUGUACACAAGAACAGAUGAUGAUGGCUGCAGAGGGACAUUUUACAACUGAAGCUUUGAUGUGGAAUCAUAACUCAGAAGAGGUGACAGCCUCAGGACGAACUGUUUCAAGGUUCAACGACUCUUUACUCAGUAAACUUAGGGAGGAUCCAAGGUAUGCUGCUAUGCUGAGUAAGAAUAUCAUGCCUGAGGGAUAUCUUGAGGCACCUUUAGCCUACGAUGCUGUUUGGGCGAUGGCUGUAGCUUUGAAUGCUACUGCUGGAGUGCUUGAAGCUAGAGGGAUGUCCCUGGACGACUACAACUACGACAACAAGGCUGUCGCUGACAUCAUGCAGGAGCAGAUGGAGUCCGUUAAAUUCCUUGGAAUCUCUGGUUCUGUAGCGUUUAGUGAAGAGACUGGAGAUAGAAUGGCCUGGACUAAGAUUGAACAGCUCAUCGACCAUAAGUCUGACUUGUACAAGAGAGAGAGACAGAAACAUAUUUUCGGAAAAAUGUGCAUUCAAUCUUUUUUUGUGAUUGAAAAAUCAAAACCAAGUUUUAAAUUUGAUAAUAGUGUUGAUGAAGGUAAAGAGCUGAUAGUCUGGAAGAGUGGGAAACCUCCUCAGGAUCGAACUAUUAUCCUCCCUGAUCUCCAGACGGUCAGCCCCGGCCUCUACCUGCCUCUACUGGGCUUCAGCCUCCUCGGUAUUAUUAUUGCGAUCUGCCUCCUGGUCUUCAACAACAAGUUCAACUAUAGGAGGAUUAUCAUGUACUCUCAUCCAAGCUGCAAUAAUCUAAUCUUGAUGGGAAUAAUCCUUUGCCUUCUAGCAACUAUACCAUUGGGAAUGGAUAUACAAUGGGUUUCUGACCCAAUGUUCCCUGCCCUAUGUGCUGCUCCUAAAUGGCUUCUAAGCCUAGGGUUCUCCCUGGGGUAUGGAGCUAUGUUUACGAAGAUCUGGAGGGUUCAUAGGAUUGCUACACACACUAAAACCAAAGGAGAGGAUAAGAUUAAG